AUGACAUGGCUCACUUCGGAAUCUCCUUUGAUUGACUGGCAACAGGGAUAUGUUACGUUCCCCGAUCAGGCCCAUAUAGCAUCCGAGGAAGACGCAGAUACCAACCCAUUGGAGGACCUUCCAGAACAAUACCACGAAUUUGCUAAAGUCUUUGGCAAAGAAGAGUUCAAGGUCCUUCCCCCACAUAGGGAAUACGACAUCUCCAUUGACCUUGUCCCUGAUGCCAAGCUCUCCCCCGGACCAAUUUAUGGUAUGACAGACGCCGAGUCCAAGGCCCUCAAGCAACAUAUUGAGGAAGAACUAGCCACGGGCAAAAUCCGCCCCAGUACCUCCUCAGCAGGCGCCCCGGUUAUGAAGCUGAAUGACGUCACGCACAAAAACGUCUACCCGCUCCCCAGACAAGAUGACCUCAUGGCCAAAUUAAGACAUGCCAAGGUGUUCACCAAACUAGAUCUACGAUGGGGAUACAAUAAUGUCCGGAUCAAGGAAGGAGAUGAGUGGAAGACGGCCUUCAGAACUAAGUACGGGCUAUUCAAAUACCUAGUAAUGCCUUUUGGGCUUACCAACGCCCCGGCCGCUUUCCAACAUUUCAUGAACGAUCUAUUCAGGGACCUUAUCAACGUCACUGUGGUUAUCUAUUUGGACGAUAUCUUGAUCUUCUCAGAGGACCCCAAGGACCACCCAGCCCAUGUCAGGGAGGUCCUAUCACGACUAAUGAAGAAUCAGCUAUUCUGUAAACUCUCCAAGUGUCACUUCCAUGUCACCACGGUAGACUACUUAGGUAUCGUCAUCUCCCCGGCAGGUUUUUCCAUGGAUCAGAAGAAGAUCGAGGCGGUCACGUCAUGGCCAACCCCCAAGACCGUCAAACAGGUCCAAGCAUUCCUGGGAUUUGUUAACUACCUCCGGCGCUUCAUUCCUAAUUUCAGCUCAGUAGCACGUCCUCUGCACAACCUUACCAAAAAGGAAACUCCCUGGACAUGGGGCAACCUAGAGGAAACAGCCUUUCAGGAGUUGAAGGUCCUUGUCACCAAAUCUCCGGUUCUUAUCCAUUCCAAUCCAAAACUUCCCUAUUACCUGGAGACGGACGCCUCAGGAGUAGCCAUGGGAGCCAUUCUUAGUCAGCGGGGUUCGGAUAACCGGCUGCACCCAAUUGCGUACAUGUCUAAAUCAUUCUCGGGGGCAGAAGGAAACUACGACACUCAUGACAAGGAACUCCUAGCCAUCAUCAAAGCCCUGGAGGAAUGGCGUAUUUUCCUGGAAGCUACAGACAAACCAAUCCAGGUAUUUACAGACCACCGCAACCUUGAGUACUGGAUGCAAGCAAGGACAUUCAAUCGACGGCAUGCUAGAUGGCGCGUAUUCCUGAGCGACUUCAACUUUGAGAUACAUUAUUGCCCAGGAAAACAAUCAGGGAAGCCGGAUGCCUUGUCCAGACGAUCGGACUACGUUGACACCCCCCAAGAACCAGAAGUCAUGCUACCAUCAGAGGUCUUUGCAAACACGUCAGAGGAAGAGCUGGAAAUUGUUACAGAAGUACGCUCUAAACUAAGGGAAGACCCCUCCCUGGAGCCCAUCAUCCAGUUCCUGACCGAGGACGCCGAUAACGCCCCACCAUCAAUAAGGAAGGCUUACAGAGACUACGAUUGGGAAGAGAAUCUCCUGUGGGAAUUCCACGACUCUCCCCUAGCAGGACACCCAGGUCAGCAAAGAACCCUCGAACUCUUGAGCCGGAAUUACUGGUGGCCGGGAAUGAAGUCUACGGCAAAAGAAUGGGUAGAAUGUUGCCCUGUCUGCCAAGCCAACCAACGCGCACAUGCACCGGUCAUCUCCCUAAAACCCCUAGAAGUCCCACCAUUUCCCUUCCACACCAUUUCAUAUGACUUCAUUACGGGGUUCCCCAGAUCAAACGGACACGAUGCAAUCCUAGUGGUCAUUGACUCUUUUUCCAAGUUUGGGCACUUCAUCCCAACCUCAAAGAAGGUCACAGCCAAGGGUCUGGCGGAUCUAUUUGUCAGUCACGUAUGGAAGCUGCACGGGUUACCAAUCAAGACCAUCUCGGAUAGAGGCACCACCUUCACAGGAAAAUUCCUCAGGGCCCUCUACCAAAGGUUGGGAAUCAAGCCAUCGUUUUCCUCGGCUUACCACCCGGAAUCAGACGGCCAAACAGAAAGGGUAAAUCAGUUCAUUGAAUUCUACCUUCGUUCCUACGUGGCCGCGGAUCAUUCAGACUGGGCCACAUGGUUACCUUUGGCGGAAUACGCGUAUAACAACGCCAAACACGCGUCUACCGGAAAAACACCCUUCGAAUUGAUCUACGGAAAAAAUCCGGUGAUGAACCCCUCCAACGUGCCGUCCAACGUACCAGAAGCGGACCAGCUAGCGGACACCCUGGCCAAUGAAUGGAAGGAGGCCGAAUCCGCCCUCAGAAUGAGCAAGGAGAAAAUGAUCAGGGACAAAGGAACCACGCCCGAAUACUCGAUCGGCGAAAUGGUCUGGCUAGAUGGAAAAAACGUGGAACUCAGGUCCAAUUCCAAUAAACUGGACCCAAGGAGACUAGGCCCUUUUGAAGUCUUAGAAAAAAUUUCCAGUCACGCUUACCGACUAAAGCUGCCGGAAACUCUGAAGAUCCACAAUGUAUUCUACGUAGGACUAUUAUCCAAAGUCCACGAAUCCCCUAGCCAGCCGUUUCCGGAACGACCCCCUCCUGAGACAAUCGAGGGGGAAGAAGAGUAUGAAGUAGAGCAGAUCAUCAACUCAAAAAGGCAACGAGGGAAAUGGUUCUACUUGAUCAAGUGGAAAGGCUAUGGACCAGAAGAUAACUUGUGGGAACCGGAAGAACUCCUGGAACACAGCCAAGAGGAAAUUCAACGCUUCAACAAGUCACGACUGAAAAAGGCUUGUGACUCCGCCAAGAGCCUUUAA